CGUCAGACCGAUACUCAAUCCAGGACUCAAUCUGAGUCUGAUACUCAAUCCAGGACUGGUGGUCCCCACAUUGAUAGUGAGAGUCGGCAUCCGUCUUCUCCCUGUGGUGGUGUGAGAGAGACCACCUCCCACAGGACAGAGAUUGACGAGUGCCUAAAAGUCCAGCGAGGGUUCAGGGACUUGAUCGCGAAUAUGCUCAACGAUUUCUUAACCGAGUUGGGCAUUUCGCACGACAGUUUCGCUCAAGUGAUCGAAUCCGAACGGAAUCUGAAGUUGCUGGACGACUUCGUUGUCUGGUCACUUCUUGCGUGCGACACGAGCAACUUUCCAAGGUUCAAGAAAUUCAUGGUGGAAAGAAAUAUCGAGCUCACGAAUAUGGCACUUCGCAUGAUGAAGACGAGCCGUCAACUUAGCAAGUCGCCCGACUCUGCCCAGCCCAUUGCCAGCAUCUACUCGCCGUCCUCCUCCUCCUCGUCUUCUUCUUCCUCUUGCUCGUGCUGCAGAGAAAGCCACUCCUUGAGUGAAACCUACCCAACAAUGUCGAUGACAGCUGAGGAGUACCGUGACGAUUUGCUAGUGUACAACGCGCAGGUGCAUUGGUGCCCCAACUGCGGCCACGCUGGACGAUUAAAUUCCCCCGAAAAGGAAAGGAACCUGUUUUGUCAGGACACUUCUCGGACGGGAGCGUUGCUCGGAAACUAUCAACCAGCAGAUGAAGACCUGGAAGAAGCCAUAGCUCUUUCUCUUUCAGAGACGGAGAUGGAGUUGAAGCUCAAGGCUAUGGCGGAGGAACAAGCACAGAUUGAGGAAGCAAUACGUGCUUCUCUCUACGCCAUUGGAGACAGCAGGGAUUUUCAACCUUUUCUAGACUCCUUAUCGAAUGGAUCAAGUUGUUCGGCGUCAUCACCACCGCCAUUGUGGCUGUUGGCUUCGUCUUCUUCCUCCUCUGCAUCUUCUUCCUCUUCCUCCUCUGCCACUACCUCAUCUUCCUUCAUGUCUUUCCCCUCAUACCUCACCUCUUCUUCCUACUCCUAUGCCUCUUCCCUCCAUUCCAAUGCCGCAUCAUCAUCAUCAUCAUCAUCACCACCACCACCACCACCACCACCAUCGUCAUCAUCAUCAUUGUCGUCUUUGUCAUCAUUGUCAACAUGUCUUCCAUCCUCCUCGUCACCCUCCUACUCCUCCCGGAUCUCCAGCUCCACAUCCACAUCUUCUUCAUCCUCCUCCCAAAGCUGCACAACCACUUUCUCUCUCCGUUCCAUCACCUCUUUAUCCUCCUCCUCCUCAUUUUCUUCGAUCCCUUCCUCCUCCUCCUCUGUUUCUACCUCUUCUCUCUCCUUCUCCUCUGUCUCCACCUCCUCUUCUCUCUCCUCAUCCUCUCAUUCCACCUCGUCUUCUCUCUCCUCCUCUUCUCAUUCCACCUCCUCUUCUCUCUUCUCCUCCUCUGUUCCCAACUCCUCUUCUCUAUCCUCCUCUUCCUCUGUUUCCAACUCCCCUUCUCUCUCCUCAUUGUACUGCAGCCCCCCUUCCUCCUCUUUUGGCAUUACCUCCCCAUGCUCUCUCUCCUCUUACACCUGUUCCUCUACCACCUCCUCCUUCUCCUCCACCACCCCCUCCUCCUCCUCCUCCUCCUCCUCCUCCUCCUCCUCUUCCUCCUCCUCCUCGUCUGGCCGUAAGAAUGAUACGCGAUUCUCAGGAUCACCCAAGUGGAAAAUCCAGUCUGUAGGGAGAGGAGAACGACUCAGGAUCACCCAAGUGCCCCAUGCAGACACCAGACAAACAGAUCUUGAUCAUGGCCAGCAACAUCGCUCUCAUCGUGAGCAUCAGCAGCAGGAGGUGGCACAGCAAGAGUGUGCUUCGACCGAUGAAGGCCACUACAACAAAUCACCGGAAACUACACUCCAGAGCAGAACACACAAUCAUGUGAUCUCUCCCUCCCUCCAUAUCCAUACUAUCGAUGACAACAACAACAACAACAACACUAACUAUCGUAGCACUAACGACGUGGUCAAUCUCGUAUCGGUCGGUUCCAAGCAGAGCAAGGCUGACAUCCCUUCGAGUCAGCACUUGAAGAAUGACAGCAAUCGCGGUCAUGGCGAUGGCGAUGGCGAUGGCGAUGGCAAUGGCAAUGGUGAUGGUGACGGUGAAGCCAAGAAAUCGCCACCGCCACAGCCACAGGCACGGCCACGAGCAUUGCCAGCAUCAGUGGUUGUGGAAGAGGACAUCCAGAAAAGAAGGGAACACUUCCGCAAACAAAGGGACUUGCUUAUUGCCAAGAGAGAGGCUGAGAGAGAGAGGCAGAUGCAGAGUUACCGAGCAAUGAAGCAGCAAAGUGUUGAUCGCCGAGCUAAAGACCGAAAUGGAGAUGGAGAUGGAGAUGGAGAUGGAUGUAUAGAUGGAGAUGGAGAUGGAGAUGGAGAUGGAGAUGGAGAUGGAGAUAGAGAUGGAGGUGGAGAUGGAGAUGGAGAUGGAGAUGGAGAUGGAGAUGAGAUGGAGACAGAUGGAGAUGAAGAUGAAGAUGAAGAUGAAGAUGAAGAUGGAGAUGGAGAUGGAGAUGGAGAUGGAGAUGAAGAUGGAGAUGGAGAUGGAGAUGGCGAUGGAGAUGGCUAUGGCACAACCAUGAAGAUGAUGGCUAUGACACUGGAAAAGCAUGUGAAGCCGGCUAUGACUGAGCAGAUGACUAUGGCUAUGUCUAUGUCUAUGGCUAUGGCUAUGGCUAUGAAGAACCCCAUGGUUAUGGCUAUGGGUAUGAAAAUUGCUAUGACUACGGCUAUGAAGAUCUCUAUGGCUAUGGCUAUGACGAUCUGUAGGGCUAUGGCUGUGAAGAUCACUAUGGCUAUGGCUAUGAAGAUCGCUAUUGCUACGUCCAUGAAGAUCAUUAUGGCUAUCGCUAUGAAGAUCGCAAUGGCUAUGGCUACGGCUCUCGCUCUGGCUCUGGCUCUGGCUCUGGCUACGGCUCUGGCUCUGGCUCUGACUCUGGCUAUGACUAUGGCUACGGCUCUGGCUCUGGCUAUGGCUCUGCCUCUGGCUCUGGCUCUGGCUCUGGCUCUGGCUCUGGAUGGUUAUGCCGAUGCAUACCAGUACACUAUGGCCAUAGCUGUGAAAUAGGAUUAUGGCUAUAGCUAUGAAAGAUGACUAUGGCUAUAGCUAUGAAAGAUGACUAUGGCCGUUGACACAGAGUCAUUCGCAUCAGGGCCAUGCAAAUGGCGACCAUGGCCGUGGCUUGGCCAAAGCUCUGUUAGUGUUUUUUUUUUUUUGUCCUUUUUUCUUUUGGUGGAUGAGAAGAAAAAAAAGGAAAGACAUGGAUGGUCCACCAAUCAGAACCCAGGGAGACGCUUUCAAAACAAGGACCUGCUGUGCCCCUGCUUCAUGUUCAUUGAGGUCUGCAAGUCACAAACCAGUCUAGGUACGAUGAACAUCGGUCAUUGCAAUACCAGAUAGAGGAGCUUAGCAGGAAGGAAAGGACUUAACACAAGACUAUGGUCGGUGCUCGGCUGGACACCAUUCUACAUGUAUGAGGACGUGGUGAUGGUCCCGGUGCAUUCAAAAUGUUCGAUUGGUCAGAAAUUCAGAAUGCAUGUAGUCCAGAUAGCCAGCCGUGCAGAUACCCGUCGAAUGUGGCGUAGUGGAGCGGAGCCUUAUGUUCUGUGCGCAAACUACCUCCGAGUCCUCGAUGACCAUCAUCAUCCUAUCCUAAUACCAAGAAAGUACUUCAUCCUCAAAAAGGGCCUGCGGAGGCGAUGAGGGGAAGGAAGGCCCCACACACGCCCGCCCUACUCAAAAACCGAAAAGAAAGGAGGACUCGUCAUGAGUUGCUGAAGGGACAUCGUGGAAUCAUAUGUUGUUGGACCUUAAACCACCAGUACUUCCUAGAGUCGUGCCCGUUAAAGCGCCACGAUCUUAGGAAACGUACAGGCUACUACAGGAGCGCCCAAAUUCAUCCGACCUGAAACGUUUCUACUCUAUUUUUUCCCGCGGCUGGUAGCUGGGCCAAGUACUGGUGGUUUAAACCACACCAGUAACUUGCCCACACAUCGGGCGCGGGGGCCCCCUUCACCACAACUUUCGGAGGCCCGAAUCGCCGCAACGGCCGCGGAUGAAAUUUAUCAACGGCGGCCAGGGCCCGGAAGUUGCGACCGUUAACGAGCCGCAUCUCUGACAAAUAGCUGGGAAAGGUACUGGUGGUUUAAGUGUCUCGUUUGCGAAACACGUCGUGGCCUACAGGCUUGGCUCCACCGCGACCAGUGGCGCUCUAGCCGUUCAACGUGGACUCCGAGCCGCUAGACAAAGCUUUCCACGCUUCUUGCCUCUUGCUUCAAUCACUGGCCAGAUAUUUCAAUCAAAGUUAGCAAACACU